GGCUUGCAUUAUCGGGUACAAAACUGGAAAAAUAUUGUUCCUUGGUCUACGAAACAAAUAUUGUUCACUGUGCUCAUGGUAUAAAAACAAAAAAAAAGACGUUCCAGUCCACAACUGCUACAAGAACUGGAGUGGUACAUCCACGUCAAUGGAAACCGACAUAAUAUCUGAGGGUUUUCAAAAAAGUUUAGAGUUGUACAAUAUUAAAUACACCAAAAUGGUUGGAGAUGGAGACUCUUCAGUAUACAGAAAGCUUUUGCAAAUAAAACCUUAUGGUAAUUUAUUGGUCCAAAAAGUGGAAUGUAAAAAUCACUUGCUUAGAAAUUUUGCAAAGAAAAUACGAGAAGUUUGCAGUAAAAACCGUAGUAAUUCUAAAAAUUUACCUGUCCCGUUGGCACUUAGAAAGGAGAUUUUCAGUAGGUUUAUGAGAUUGAGAACUGCAAUAACGAAGGCUACUACGUAUAGAAUAGCUGAACAGACAACAAUGGACAAAAAAAUAGCAUUACUGAGGGGUGAUAUCUACAAUGCACCAAGUCACAUAUUUGGUGAGCACGCCAGAUGCAAGGAAAUACAGUAUUUCAAAUGCGAAAAAGAAAAUGAACACAAUCUCGUUCCAAGUAUGCAAGACUGUGGAAUUUACGAAGAUAUUAUAGUAGCUUUGCAAAGAGUUGUUGAUAACACCAGCAGCUUAAUCUUGAAUAUGGACAACAAUCUUGCGGAGCAUUAUAAUAGUGUUGUAUGCAAAUUCGUUGGUGGCAAACGUAUACUUUUUUCGAAGAGAGGCUCCUACCAAACGCGUUGUGAGGCUGCUGCGUUAUCUUUUAAUUCUGGUGGAAAUUAUUACAGAUUUCUUCACGAAACUGUUGGCUCAAGUCCUCAACGUUAUACGAAAAAAUAUGUAGAGAAAUGCAAGAAAAAUAGGCUAAUCAUUAAAAAAAGGAUAUUUUCCAAAAAAAGAACCAAAAUUAUCAAACAGUCUCUCGCGGAUAAGGAUUAUGGUCCUAAUGCUCACUAUAUACCUUUGGAUUUAAAUAGUGAUAUUUACAUAGAAAAGGAAAAAGCAUUUUUGCAGGAGCAAAGAAAAGAUCCGGAGGAAAUAAGUGACAUUCAAAAAUCCACUAUAGGUCAGGCCUUCAACCCAAAAUGGUUACAAGAAAGGUCACUUAGAAUCACAGCCUCAAAUUUCGGUAAAAUUUGUAAGAUGCGACCAAAAACUUCACCGAGGAACACCAUAAAAACUUUAUUAUAUGGAACUUUCACGGGAAAUAAAGCCACAAAGUAUGGCAACGAAAGUGAGGCACGAGCCAUUUUAGAAUUUGAAAAAAAAACCAAUUUACAAGUUGUACCUUGUGGGCUGUUUAUAGGGGAAAAGGAAUACUAUUUAGCUGCAAGCCCGGAUGGUUUUGUUAUAGAAAAUAAUUUCCUAAUAGAAGUCAAAUGUCCCUUCACCAUCGCCAAAAUGGAUCCAACAGAGGGAAUUCAAACAGGAAAAAUUACUUUUGCCACUAUAGAAGAUGGAGCAUUGAAAUUGAAAAGAAACCAUAACUACUACUAUCAAGUACAAGGUCAGUUAGCUAUAGCUAACAAACAGUCAUGUUACUUUAUUAUCUGGAGUCCUUUCGGCAUUUUAAUUGAACAGAUAAAUCGAGACGAAGUAUUUUGGAAAGAAAAAAUGUUACCUAAAUUAAGAGCAUUUUAUGACUAUUUUCUGUUGCCAGAAUUAGUAGACCCACUUUUUCCAAAAGGGCUACCUAUUAGGGAUCAACUUUGUAACACUAAAUGCUCCAAUAUUCCAGACAGCUAG